AUGGAAAUUAUUUAUUCUCAAUACAUUACUUUAAUGAAUUAGCAUUAUCAAUAAGAAGAAUCUCUAAUCGAUUUGAAUAAUUUAUUAAAAGAUGAUAGAGCACGAUUAGUUGGAAUCUGGUUCAAAUAUACUCCCUAAUGUAUAAUAUAAUAAGUAGGACUUGUUGCAAUAAUUUAUAGCAAAUGCUUUCAUUAUUAGAGUGUAACUGAAACAUUAUCAAAAUGUUUGGAAUAAAUUUGUGAUGAUUACCUUGAUCCUGAAAGUAAAACCAUAUUAAAAUUUGUAGCUUUUCAUGUUUAAGAUGGUAAAUAGUAAUCAUUUAUAUAAAUUAUUUUACUAUCCUUAAAAAAAUAUAUUAGAAUUCAUAUUAUAAAAGACAACUCAAAUUUGCUUAGAAUAAAGUAAACACUUUACUCUUUAAAGAAAAUUAAGUAAAAUAAAUAUUGGAGGUAGUCUAAUUUUAUGUUUAAGUAUGUUGAUAUAUAAUUAUACAAAAUUCAAAUAUAUUGUAAAUAAAUCAUAGUUGAUUUGGCCAAUUUCUUAAACUUAUAUUAUUUUAGAUGUCUUAAAAUGCCUUAUUAAAUACCUAAUUUUGAAUAAUCAUUCCUCAUUACUUUAUAUUUAAUCUUGUUAACAUAAGAUUAGACAUAGUAAGAAAGUUAAAUAAUUAGAUUGCAAUGA